AUGAGCGUCGUUGUCAAUAGGCCGGAAAGUGCUUCUGUGUCUCACACAGGUAUACCCCAUCAGGGCCAGGCCUUGCACUGCUAUUCGGAUUCGGGAUAUGGCUCAGUGACAAUCCCCUCGCGGUCCUCCUCGCUUUCCUCCUUCAAGACCAACUACUCGACGUCGACUGCCCCUACCUCCUACUCCCCCACCUCAUCAGGGUCAUACCGCACAUGCGACUCAGCUGCCUCCUUGGAUAGGAUUUUGGAAUCGGUGUUCAAGAGGGUUCCUCAGGAGGUCUAUGAAAACAUCCUCGACCAGCUGCAAUACUUGCAUGCUGGACCGAAUCAGCCAGGAUGCAUGACGUGCUUUCAGCGCGACUUGCAUGCCCUUUCCCUAACUUGUCGCCCAUGGGAGAAGGCGGUCCGAGCUCGACUCUAUAAUCAUAUUCAUAUCGUCGGUAGUGAUUCGCCGGCUCAAUUGAAAAAAUAUCGACUUAAGCGAGGAAGCAGACUAAAGUUGUUAAGACGUACACUUCGUGAGAGGAAAUUGCUGGCCAACCUCGUCCUCGAACUUCGCGUUCCGCACAUAGACGUUUUAUUUACGGGUAAACACACGGCUCAAUGGCAAGAGUACCGAGACCUGGUCGCGUCAGUUGUCAUGGUAUGCCCGAACCUCGAACGAUUAUUAGGGCUUUCAAUACCCUUCAACCACGAGUUCGAUCGCCUAACGCAUGCACUAUCUACGCGCCGGAAGCUGAAGGAGCAUACAUGGAUACUCUGCGAGGCAACGGAGACAUCGGAAGCGUCCCCACGCAGCGACUCCUGCCCCGGCAGUCUCGGCCCCUUGCAGAUGUUUGAAUUCCUGGACUAUCAUGCUUCAUGGACAAAUCUAGAGACAUUGAUGCUCUACGGUUUGAACCAAACCGCCCUCGAACCCAGUGUCUUUCUUCGUAUGCUCAACCUUCUGCCGUCACUGCGCAAUUUGUGUGUUUCGAACUUCGACGCAGAUGCAUUUGCCGAUACAGCCUUGCUAUGCCUUCCACCGCUCGAAACUCUCCGACUGGAGAACCUUCCUGGCGUCACUGACGCAGGUUUAACACAAUAUACUUCACGCCCAGAAUCCCUCUCUCUCCAGACCUUGGUCCUGAUUGAACCGAGUAUCGACUCGCUUCUUGUGAUUUCGAAAAUCCUAGCGUCCCUACGAAAUCUGAAACGAUUCAAAAUUGUGCAAAGCGAAAAGUGCCCGACGUUGAACUCGGAUGGAAUGAUCUUUCAGCCACUCCUAGCAUCACCGAGUCUCGAGUUCCUACAUUGGGAUGUUGCAUGCCCGAAUCCUAACACAGCGCUGACUAGAUUGGACUUUGCACCAUUCGCUAAGCCCCUUCAACAUGUGGAGACGCCCAAUUCACAUCUUGCUCAAAGCAUUCUCGCUAGAGGCUUUCCUCGUCUUGAUUCUCUGCGAGCUCCUUCUGAUAUUGAACCUCCAGGAGCUUUGCAGGCUGUUUGUCAACCUAUCCUUCGUGGGCAAGCACUAUUACAUCCAGAUAGGUACAGCCUUCCAAGGAGCUCCCAUGGAUCCAUCCCAACACGACCUAUGGCCCUGCCUGGAGGCAGCAAUAUGACGUCAGCACGGAUACGUGCACAGACUUUUAUAGAUAUGGCCGCCAGGGACACGGAGACGGGGAUGCAAGUGUUAAUCACAGACCACUCGGAUUCGUACGUACCUGAUAACGCCCUAGAAGCUUCUGACGACGAGGCCGAAAUGGAAUUGGACGAGACCGGCAUGUGGGAAACACCGCUAGACCGGCCGAGGGCGAACACGGUACCAGAGGACCACGAAGGUCCCAUUACGGUUUUUGAUUUUCGAAUGCCUGCAUACAUGGGCAGGACUGGAACCAAAACCAGUGACCGUGACACAUCGAUUCCACGCUUCAUACUGCAUCCGGAUAUUGUUGGACAGGAAGCCGAUGGAGGUCUGGUCUCCUGGAAGCAUAUCUUAGCCGCAAACCAAUCGCUGACCUUCGCCGCCGGCGUUGGAGUAAAUUGCUUUGGCGGCAAGAGCGUUCCAAGUCCAAUUAAUGAAGAACCUCUGUCCCCUACAUCAACAACUCCGCGCUUCGGCUGGGGUAGUAUCACGAGUCGUACGGCAAUGACCGCCAGCCCCAUCACACCGACUACUCCACCCACACCGAUGAGCAUAUCGCCCUCUACUGCACCCCCUUGGGAGAAGGAUGCUUGCACUGGGUCCUGGAAUUACAAUCAUAAGGGUGGUCGAGAAUGGUGGUUCCACAUGGAACGAGAACGUCCAAUUAAAGCUGAACUCUACGAUGUCAAGCGACUUUUCUAA